AUGGUGGAGGGAACUCUUGUGGGAAUUCACAUUCUCAAGAUGAUAGGAUAUAUUGAAAGGCUUGAAAAACUAGGAUUCCCUCUAGGUGUGGAUUUGGCCACCGAUGUCAUCCUACAAUCGUUGUUGGUUAGUUUUAGCCAAUUUUUCCUUAAUUUCAACAUGAAUGAGAUUAAUAAGACUUUGCCACAGUUGCUCAGCAUGUUCCGAACUGCUGAAAUUAACAUUGAAAAGGCUGGGCCUAAGCCCAUUUUGAUAGUCCAUAAGAAUAAGGGCAAAGGAAAUGGUAAAGCUAAGGCAAAGCCUAAGGACAAUGGCAAGGCCAAGCCCAACAAAGGAAAAUUUGCAUUGAAACCUAAAGGAGGAAUUGCUAAGGAAUGA